CUGACGUCAUGACGCACACCAUGCGUCUCUCUUCGGGAAGAUGGCUGCUGUGUACAUGAUGCGAAACUGAAUGGACGGAAAACAGCCCGAAAUUUCUGAACAUCCCCCCUCUUCCCUCCUCUGUAUCCCACUCCACGUCCACACAUAUGCGUUUGCGUGAAAACGAAGCCGAUUUUAACCUAGUGUGAAGAACUAGGAUGAUAAUAUGACCCAGAAAAAGAAGAAGCGAGUGAAUCGCAGUUUGUUACUGGCGAAGAAGAUCAUCAUCAAGGAUGGAGGAACGCCUCAAGGCUUUGGCUCCCCCAGUGUUUAUCAUGCCGUCAUCGUCAUAUUUCUGGAGUUCUUCGCUUGGGGUUUGCUGACUGCACCUACUUUGGGAGCUCUUCAUGAAACAUUCCCGAAACACACGUUUCUCAUGAACGGCUUGGUUCAGGGGGUCAAGGGCCUGCUGUCGUUUUUAAGCGCUCCUCUGAUUGGUGCUCUGUCAGACGUGUGGGGAAGGAAGUCGUUUCUUUUACUCACCGUGUUCUUCACAUGUGCACCAAUUCCUUUAUUGAAGAUCAGCCCAUGGUGGUACUUUGCCGUUAUCUCUGUAUCUGGAGUGUUUGCCGUUACCUUCUCAGUUAUAUUCGCCUAUGUUGCCGACAUCACCCAAGAGCAUGAGCGCAUUAUGGCUUACGGCAUGGUGUCGGCCACGUUUGCGGCGAGUCUGGUGAUCAGCCCGGCCAUCGGCGCGUAUCUGAGUCAGGUGUAUGGAGACAGUCUGGUAGUAGUUCUAGCUUCGGCCAUCGCUAUGCUGGACAUCUGCUUUAUUCUGGUGGCCGUGCCCGAAUCGCUGCCGGAAAAGAUGAGACCGGCGUCCUGGGGUGCCCCAAUCUCAUGGGAACAAGCAGACCCCUUCGCUUCUUUGAGGAAAGUAGGCCAGGACUCGACGGUUCUGCUCAUCUGUAUAACAGUGUUCCUGUCAUAUCUGCCUGAGGCUGGGCAAUACUCCAGCUUCUUCCUCUAUCUUCAACAGAUAAUGGGAUUUUCACCUGAAAGUGUCGCAGCUUUCAUCGCUGUCCUAGGAUUGCUGUCUAUUGUUGCACAGACUGUAGUAUUAAGUUUACUAAUGCGUUCCAUCGGGAACAAGAACACGAUUUUGCUGGGACUGGGAUUUCAGAUUCUGCAACUCGCCUGGUACGGGUUCGGAUCGGAGCCUUGGAUGAUGUGGGCAGCUGGAGCUGUUGCUGCCAUGUCUAGUAUCACUUUCCCUGCUGUUAGCGCCCUGAUUUCCCGCACAGCUGAUCCCGAUCAACAAGGUGUGGGUCAGGGUAUGAUUACGGGAAUCCGUGGGCUGUGUAACGGCUUGGGUCCGGCUCUCUAUGGUUUCAUCUUCUACAUCUUUCAUGUCGAGUUGGACCAAGUUCCAGAGAAAGAACCGGAUGUAACGCAUCACCAUGAUCACCACCAACAGAGUGCAAUAAUCCCGGGACCGCCAUUCCUCUUCGGCGCAUGUUCUGUGCUGCUGGCACUCCUGGUGGCACUUUUCAUUCCUGAACACCCCCAUAUGGGUGCUCGUGCGGGCAGCUGGAAGAAGCACACAUCACCCCACGGCCACCCGCACAGUCCCCACCCACCCGGAGAGGCCAAAGAGCCUCUCCUACAGGACACUAACGUGUGAUUGGGAGUUUCAAUGUGGCUGAAUUGGCCACGCCCCCUAUUCCCCAUUGAGGAACGAACUGUGCAUGGAGGCUGCUGUCAUGUAUUGAAACGUAAAGCUAUAUCGGAGGCAUGGUCAGUCUUGCACCUAGAGCUCUACCUUUCUGCAGAGUUUCGUUUAAUAUGAAACUUAUGAACUUGAUAAUUAAGGUUAAUGGAAAUUACAGACAGAAAGGAAAGUCUCCAUGAUUAAGACUGGGCGUCCCUGCUGAAUCACCAAUAGAGCACCACUUUUUAAAAGAAAUGUAUAUAGAAGAACGUAUAUUUAACAAUGGUUCUGUCCAAAGGCACUAUUGCAAUGGCUUGUAUUUAUUCUUUUUAUUAUUUGUUUUUUUUGCCUUUUUUCUUUCUUUUUUUGUUGCUCUGUUUUGACUGUCUAGAUCUUCAUUACCAUAGUUCACUCAGGGACAUUAUCCGGGUCAGGAAUGUUUCAGAACACAGUGUGUUACCCUUAUCAGAAGGGCCUAGCGACGACAUACAAAUAACAAAAUCCAUUCAUGAAACGCAAGCAGAUUGAAUUUGUGUAAAUCGCUCGUGAAACUUUUUGUAAGAAUUUACAUUGAACAAACUUAUGGAACUCAUUCUUAAAACAAUUUGAGUCGAAAAAUGGUGUCAAUCAUUCCUUAAAACUUUUUGCAAGAAUUCGCGGAGAACACAUUUAUGCAAGUCAUUCGUUAGCCGUUCGUAAGAAUAUCAGCUAAAAAGCAUUUGUGUGAAUUGUUCAUAAAAUUGCUUUCAAAUUUUUGAGUGGAACGAAUGUAGGUAAAGCAUUCACAAAACUGUUUACUAGAUUAAGUAGAACAAAUUUGAGUAACUCAUUUGUAAAACCAAUCAUAAGAAUUUGAGUCAAAAAAUGGUGUAAAUCUUUUCCUAAAACUAUUUCCAAGGAUUUGCCUAGAACAAAGUUAUGCAAGUCAUUUGCAAAAGUUUCGAAUUGUGUUUGGGUUAAUCGUUCGUAAAAUUACUUGUGAGGUUUUGAUUGGAACGAAUUUGCAUAACUCGUUCGUAAAACCAUUCAUAAUAAUUUGAGAUGGAAAAAAUGGUUUAUUUCAUUUCCUACAACUAUUUGCAUGAAUUUGUUCUACACAAUUAAUUUGGAAAAUGACUUCGUAAAACCAUAUGUAAGAAUUCGUGCUAAACAAAUUUAUGCAAAUUGUUGGUAAAACUAUUUACGAGACCAGAAUUUUGAAGUAGAAAUUGUUUAUAUAAUUAUAAGAAUUUAAGCAGAGCAAUUUUCGUAAAUCAUUCAUAAAACUUUUGGUGAAAAUCAUGAAAUAUUUAGUUCUUUAGGCCCAGUGACCUUACUAAAUAUAGUGGUUUUGCUAUAAAUGUGCUGCGUUCAUGAGAUCACAAGUUUGUUAGGGAACAUAACUUAAUUUUAUGGAUUUCUAAUGCUUUGACAUGAAUGGCCUUAACUGACAGUUCGGUUUCAGACGUCGACAAACGGACGUCGCAAUGGAAUGAUUGUUGUACAGCUUCAAAGUUCCUUUUCGUUUUCUGCUCGUGUUCAAGCUGAAGCCUGUUUUCUUUAUACCACUUAGAAUCAAUGGUGCCUUUUCCCAGCUUAAAUUGUGUUGUUGAUGGAAACUGGCGAAUUUAAGUGACGCACGAGACUCGAGAUCUGACCAGUGUCAGACUUACGCAACUGAAUAGUCUUACGUAAAAUAACGGUAGAGCUGACUCUAGAUCAGUAGUGAAACUGAAAUGCGUGACGCAUCUUUUGUUUGUCUGGAUUCGCUUUCGGCCUUGUGUAGAAACAUUCUUUUAUGAAAAAUACGAAUGUUUACGCAAAACACUUCGCAUAUGCCAGCUGACAGAAGUACAUUGAGAAACAGGAGGUGAAAUUUGCCAGUGGCCUUUCUAUAUAUUUUUUUUCAUAAAGACAGAUGAAUGGCUCAUUUUAAGAUUUGACAUUUGACCAAAUGUAUGGAUAUUUUAUUGACGCAAGAUAGGCGAGUUAAUCUGUAAUAUUAGUUGUGUGCUUUGGAUAUUUAUGAGAUGAUUUCCUGUAAAAUAUUUCCUUCGUCUCAGAAUACAGUGCGAGGUUUUUUUUAAUGUUCUGUGGUUCUGUUGUGCCGUCUUCAUUAUAAAUUUUAAACGGUGUAUUUUUUUCCCCAAACAAUGUAAAUAUGUCAAAGUAUCUAAACAUGCAUUUCAAUAAAA